AACGUCAUUAAGAGAAACGUGCUUGCCAACAAAACACAACAUGGCGGACUGCGAAUGUCAGAAUGACGCUAGUGAAAAAGAAUCACAGAUUAAGGAAAAGAAGGCGAAGGGCCCAGAAAAAGAUCUUCAAGCGAUUUUCAUGAAACUCAGAGUAGAUAGUGGACCUAAAAGACUUCGUAGGAAGACCCGGCUUGGAGUUCCUGGUAGUUUGAGAAGCAGAAACAUUGACAGCAUACAGAAUGUGAGAAAGAUCCUCAGGGAACCAACAUUUGUUUACAAGAAUCAGCAAGCUUCCUCUAAUGUUUACAAGAAACAACGAGCUUGUGGUUUUAGACGAAGAAGGCGUAAAGCUAGCCUUAGCCUAAGAGAGAAAAGGUGUCAAGAAGAUCAAAGAGAAUCACAUAGUGACAGUGAACUUGAAUAUAACAAAUCUCUUUUGGCAAAGAGUUUAUGGAAUGCAAGUAAGGAAGGAAAAGUUGUACCAAAGUCUUUUCAAACAAGGGAAAUGGUUGCAGUUGACUGCAGCAGACAACACAGAAGAUUUCAGAGUGCAAAUGUUCAAAGAGCGGCAGGGGUGAACUUCGAUGACACAACACCUGAAGAGUUGGCUGCAUAUUUUGAUCAGUUGCUAUAUUUUCCGAAACCUAUGUCAGCCAUGGCUGAAAUGAUGUACACAUAGUUAUUACAUGAAAUAGUAUAAUAUUUAAAGUCUUUGCUCCUAUGACAGGCAACGUGAAUAUUCUCAUGUGAAUAGGGUCUUUUCUCAUGAUCUUUAAGAUUUUGCCCUUUGAUUCUUGUAAAUAAGUCUCCUCAGUAGACUUUUCUGAAGGAGAUUUUUCUGUCGACUUUCAUCUUUAAUUUGUGGAGGUUAUUUAAUAAAAAUUAAUUAGUAGCACAAUUAUUUGGUUUAGGCUGUGGUUAAAGGCUGUGGAUUAUUUCCAAGGGGAAUAAAUAUAUAUAUAACUGAUUAUUAGCUGAAUAAACUCCCCUGAUGAGUUUU